UCAAAUAUUCCUUUACCCAGACCCUUUAGAGCAAGUACUGGCUCAAGCAAUGUUUCAGCUUCAAUAGGGUUUACAAGCUCAAAGCAAACUGACGACAAAGUAACGAUGGACAGCCCAAUUUACACCAAGGAGCAGCUCAACUACUUCAGAGUUUGUCAUAUUGCCACGAAUAUACUGCCGCAGGAGCUGCGACUCUUUUUCAAAAAACAGUGGGACAGCCAUUACCAGGCAACUCUGGGAGAAUGGAAAGAUACCCCUCGAAAUGGAUCGGACUUCUACAACAACGAACCUCCCCAUAGCCGAACACAAAAUGCUCGAUUAUUGAAAACUGUAAAAGAGGGAAGGGGAGCGGAAUGGGAUUGUACAACGCUAUUCUUUGCAAUCCUUUAUUCUGACUCUAUCGGUAAAGGAUUAGACGAAAAGGCUAAAUGGUAUGUCGAUGAUCUUAGAGAGUUGCGCAACGAAAAGUUUGCUCACAUGCCCUGGGGUAGGCUGUCUGAAUUAGAGUUUAAACUUGCAGCUCAUAGGGUGAAGGUUGCAUUUCAGUCACUCGGUCUCUCUACUGAACAGGUUCUGGAAAUCAGUAGACAGAAAAUUUUCCAGACUGAGGAAAUUGAAAGUCUAAAGAAGAAAAGUCACGACCUUCACAAAGAACUCGAAGAAACAAAAGCCGAAUUGGAAAAACUGGAAAAAGAUCACCAACUGUGUGAAAAACAACUGGAAAUGGCUGAAGAACGACUUGAAAUUUUAGAAGAACAGCGAGGGGCCCUUGAAGAUCAGUUAAAAGAUGUUGUCUCCCCAUUCUUCAUUCUUCCACCAAAACCAAACCACGAAAUUGCAACUCGGGAUGGUGAGGUUGCCGAAGUGAUAGAAGAGCUAGACCAACUAAAGAAAGCAAACGAGGAUCGUCUAAGCUACCUAUACAUCACUGGUAAUCCCGGUAGUGGCAAGUCUCAGCUGGCCGGUCUAGUAGCCGAGAAAUUCUACAAGAAAGACAUCUCAGAAAUCAGUUCCCCCUCGUUUGUGAUGACUUUGAAUGCUGAAAGCUUACAAACGCUCUUGGAAUCCUACGUAACACUUGUGCGACAGGUAAAGUGUCCUGAAUACGACGUUGGGAACACUCGCAGGUCCAAGGAGACAAGCAUUACAGAAAAAAUCAAGAAUCUUAAAGAUUUAAUUACAACAAAACUUCACCUUUAUGCAUCAUGGCUUUUGGUGGUAGACAACGCGACAAAUGUCUCUGAUACACUUAAACUUAUUCCUCAAUCAGGAAAUGAGCAAUGGAGCCAGGGGCAGGUACUCAUCACGACACAGGAUACUUUGUCUAUCCCUCCUACGUGUUCGUUUAUUUCUCACUUUUCCAUCAGUCAGGGUAUGAAACCAAUCGAAGCACGGCGUUUUCUGGCAAAUAUUGCAGGUUUCGAGGACCGUAAAAUGGAAGAUGAAGUUGCAAAAGCAUUAGACUACCAACCCCUUGCCUUGGCUAGCGCUGGAAAUUAUGUCAGAAAGACCCGUGAGUGUAAUUUGGCGGCGAACUUCGGCUGGAAGGAGUAUUUAGAAAAACUAGAAAAUGGAAUGCGAGCCUUAACUGAGGAGGUGCUAACAAAGACCAACCCUGCCUACAGCAAAUCCAUGACGGUAGCAACAAGGCUAGCCGUUGAAAGAGCGAUAGACAGCGACAGCAUAGUGCAGCAUUCAUUUAGUCUUCUUUCCCUUUGCGCUCCUCAAGCAUUGCAUCUCGACAUCCUUAAGAAUUACAUUUUGAAUGUAGAUGAGCAUGUUGACAAAGACGUUGUCGCCAUUCAUGUCCAGGGCUACUCACUGUUGUUGUUCGAAGAAAGAGAGAAUGGAGUUUUCAUCAGUAUGCACCGAGUUGUGUGGGACGCCAUUAGAACUGUAAGGAGUAACGAGGAGCCUCAAGGAUACACUCAAAUAAUUCACGCUGCCGUGAGAUCAUUCAACGAGUUCGUAGAAAUACGGUCAUUAGACACUUGGCAUGACAUUGACUCUAUUGCCAACACCAAGCACCUCAUUGCACACUUCAAAGCUUUGGCCAAAAAGGUUGAACAUGUUUUUGGUUUUGAAGAGGAAUGUCCAACUUUCAGAGAAGGCGUUUUAAAUGCUUUAGAUUGGUCAUCAUGUUUCCUCCGGUUCGGCAUAAUUUGCGAGAAUCACUGCGAGUUAUCUUUUGCUGAGCGUUACUAUUACACAGCUUUGAAACUCGUUGAACCGAUCAGUGACACUAUUGCAAAUAGUGCAAGAAUUUACCAAAGAUUAGGUAGUUUGCGACGGUCCAAGGGUGACCUAAAGAAAGCCAUAGAAUACUUUGAACGCUCCAUAACCAUUUACGUGGAAAAGCUUGGACCCGAAAAUAUUAAUGUUGCUACCAGUCAUCGUAACCUGGGUGAUGCACUACUUGAAUUGGUUGACUUGAAACAGGCCAGUAAGCACUUUAAACUUGCCCUAAACAUUUACAAGAAAACGUAUGGAACUGAUCAUGUUCAUGUCGCGUCCAUUUCUUACAACCUGGGUAUUGCACAGCAUAAAAUGGGUAACCUAAGGCAGGCUUUGACACAUUUUCAUCAUGCUGUUGCAAUUUACGGGAAGACAUGUGGACCUGACCCUGUUGAUGUCGCACAUGCGUACCUAAACCUAGGUAUUGUACAGGUUGAAUUGGGUAACCUGCAACAAGCCAUGGUGUCCCUAAAUCGUGCUAUCGACAUUUUCAAAACAGAGCUUGGAGGUGAGCAUGUUGAUGUCGCACAGACUUACCUAAGCUUAGGUACUGUACAGCGUGAGUUUGGUAACCUGCAACAGGCCAAGGAGUAUCUUGAUCUUGCCCUCAACAUUUUCAAGACAGAGUCUGGAAGUAAGCAUGUCAAUAUCGCACAGACUUACCGAGAGCUAGGUAUUGUACAGAGAGAGUUAGGUAACCUGCAACAGGCCAAGGAGUGGCUUGAUCUUUCUCUCGAAAAUUUCAUGACAGAGCUAGGAACUGAGCAUGUCGAUGUUGCACAGACUUACCUAAGCCAAGGUAUUGUACAGCGCGAAUCUGGUAACCUGGAUCAGGCUAAGGAGUAUUUCGAUCGUGCUCUCAACAUUUUCGAGACAGAGCUUGGAACUGAGCAUGUCAAAGUCGCACAGACUUACCUAGACCUAGGUAUUGUACAGCGUGAGUUUGGUAACCUGCAACAGGCUAAGAAGCAUCUUUAUGAUGCUCUCGACAUUUUCGAGACAGAGCUUGGAACUGAGCAUGCCAGUGUCGCGCAGACUUUCCAAAAUAUCGCCACUUUACACUAUGAGUUAGGUGAUUUACGACUGGCCAAAGAGUUUUAUAGCCGUGCACAAGACAUUUUCAAGAAAAGGCUUGGACCUGACCAUGUUGAAGUUGCCAUUUGUUAUGAAAACUUGGGAAAGUUACAGCGUGCCAUGCCACAGGGUGACCUGCUAUAUGCUAAGGAGCUUUGUAUCAAAGCGUUACAGAUUAAGCUGAAAAGCCUUGGAACUGAGCAUAUUGCUGUCGCUCGUACCUGUGACAACUUGAGUGAUUUACUGUGUGAUAUGCGUGACCUUGAACAAGCCAAACAAAAUUAUGAACGUUCUUUAGGCAUUUACAAGAGAAGGCUUGGACCCGACCAUGUUGAUGUUGCGCGUACCAACCAAAACCUUGGCAAGGUACAUUAUGAGUUAGGUGACCUGCAACAAGCCCAAGAACAUUAUAAACGUGCUCUAGGCAUUUACGAAAAAAGGCAUGGAUCUGACCACAUAGAUGUUGCAGUCACUAACCAAAAAUUAGGCAAAAUAGCCUAUGAAUUUGGUGACCUUCAACAAGCCAGCGAGCAUUUGAAGCGUGCAUUAGACAUUUACACGGUAAAGCUUGGACAAGACUGCGUCGAGGUAGCGUCUAGCUGCAGUAACUUGGGUGAUGUAUGCCGUGCCGGGAGUGAUUUGACACUAGCCAAAGAGCUGUAUGAACGUGCCUUAACGAUUGAUAAGGAGAAGUUUGGACCCGAGCAUGCAGAAACUGUGCAUUGUGAGCGUAGCUUGGUUUCUGCUCAAAAAAAAUUGGAGAAAAAAGAAAAGUGCUCUGUGCAGUAGGACCAGUGGACCCGACCGCGCUAAAAAUAACUACACGUAUAGCAUGUGAGUAAAACAUUGCGUAACUUGAGAGAUCUUCGGCCAACUAACGAGUUUCACAUAAAGCCAUAAAUUGAGUUGAAAAACUUUAGGCCUGUGUUUGUUAGUAUGUAAAUAUCCUGAUUAGUUACCGUGAUUCAUGUGCAGCGUGACCUGGGUGCAAUAGGCCAACGGAAUUUGAAUGUGCUCUGUACAUAUAAUUAAAAUACUUUUAAAUUGACCCGGAAAUUUUAAUAUUCGUCAUACUCGUAAUUGAGUAAUUAGGUCUAGUAAACGAUCCGCGGUUUUGAGUUACCUGCAGCACGUUGCGAACCCAAUUUGGUAUUUUCUUUUCGUUUUAAAUGAGACUUUUCUCUACGAAAUAGCUUCGAAAAUGAUCUCGUCAAUGCAAGUAUCCACCCUCCUGUUCAUUUGUCGUCUUCUUUGGAGCGACACGAUGGAAACUUCAAGGAGAAAUCUAGCGUCACGACAUAGUGAUAACGUAUAUGUUUAUACAUAUGGUGCACGAUCCUCGCAGUAGAU